AUGGCCAAGGGUAAAGGUCCAAAAGGAAAGAAGAUCACCUUGAAAAUUGCCAAAAAAUCCAUGCGGAUAUCUGCUGAAGGAGGGCGCCGUCUUGACCUAAGCAAGAUGGGCAUCACCACCUUCCCCAAGUGCAUUCUGAAACUGAAUGAUGUGGAGGAACUUGAUUUGAGCAGAAACAUGAUAAAAAAGAUUCCUAGCAGCAUUGAGCAGUUCCAGAAACUGCGCUGGCUGGACCUGCAUAGUAAUCAGCUUGAGGAUCUGCCUGAGGCAAUAGGUACACUUCAGAACCUUUACUACCUGAAUAUAAGCAACAAUAAGCUGACCACCAAAAAACUGCCAAAAGCAUUAAACCUUCUCAAGAACCUGCGUAUUCUCAACCUUGGCUUGAACAGUCUUGACACUAUUCCCACCAGUCUUGGGGCCCUGAAGGACCUUAAGGAGUUGGGUCUCUUUGACAAUGCCUUGACCACCAUCCCAAACAGUGUGAAAAACCUCCCCAACCUCAAGAAACUGAAUGCAGAUAGAAACCCUUUCCCAGAUUCAACAAAGGAAGAAGAGCCUGCUGACUCCAUCAAACGCAUAAAAACACUUUACUUAGUACAAGAGAAAGACCUGUGCUGUUCCUGCCUGCAGACGUGUCAGGACGAGAGACACAACAUGAACAAGUUAACAAACGUGACACCCAGCCCCUCAAAGAAGCUGAGUUUCCCUUUACUCCUUACACCCAAUUCCUCUGCAAAGGAUAACCAAGAAGAAUGGAGAUUAAGAGACAAAGAUCUCUGAAAUCUAUCAAGGCAUGCCAUAGACCAUGUCCCAUGAAGUCCAGUCCAAGCUAAUAAAACACAGACCUCUUCCUGCCGUUCUUUUAAAUAUCUACUCUGUUUUAGAAGUGGCAGAUCUGUUUGGUCUCUGAAAUGAAAUCCAAAACAGCUAGACCAGACAUAUAUUUGGGAAAGGGUGCAUUUGGGAAAGAAAGGACUAUUUCUGUUUGGUCUUGUUCCUACACAUUCUUCAUGUUUUUUGGUGGGCUUUGUGGUGUGUGUUUGUUUCUUUCUUGUGUGCGUGUGUCCAGUGAAGGAAUCUUCAAAAAAGAUAGGUUUUACUAGUAACUCCACUCCCACCACUAAGAGCCAAACAUUAGUCCUUUUCAUUUUCACAGAAUGAGACACAGUCAAACUAGCCCCACUAAACACCAUUUGGAGGAAAAAGAGAGGCCUGGGAACCUUCUGCUGUGGGUGGCUGACACCAGCCCCUCAGAGAACCUCAGACAGGCACUAUCAGUGUAGAAACCAUAAGCCCAUUCCAGUUCAGUAGAGGCAGACAACACAAAUGUUAUACUCACAAGUAACUAAGCAAUGUAAACACAAUGUUUAGAGCUAAACAACCAGUGGUCCUGUUUGCCAUCAAGGGACCAGACUCUGAACAAGCAAGUUCUCUGGGAUUUUGGGUGCUAUACCUGGGUGCAGUGAUCUCUAACUUGCAUGACACAGUCAGCACCACUACCUAUGCUCACAGUGUUUCAUCUGCAUCUGAGAUUCCCUCCAAGGAGGUACAGAAGGGAGAAGGAGUAGGGAAAAGAUUGCUCUUUUUAAAUAUCCUGGGCAUAUCACUUAGGCAGUUACUAAAAAAGUCACCCUCUUCCACAAUCUAAGAAUUAGCCAGUAAAUUGAUGAAAUCAGGUCUGGUGAGCUUUCUGUUCACAUGUGCACCUGAGUGCACACAUUCACUUGCUCAAAUCACAUCCCUAGGGCAGAGAGUGCUGACAGCCUGCAAACAGCAAUAUACAGGUAUAAGCAAUAAGCAGAUUAUAAAUGUAGCCAAGCAUGACAUGAGGAGACAUGAUGGCCGUGGCUGUAGUAACAUAUGGUGACAGCAAAUAUUUAAGUAUAUUUAAAUGAAAAAUAAAGUGCCAGGGGCAAAGAA